AUACCACAAAAAGAUUUUAAUUAUUUUUGAUUAAAACUUAAUUAACGUUAAAAAGAAUUAUUUUCAGCAAAAUGCUAAAUAGGUUGCCUACCCUGGAAAUGCCACCAUUAUCUAAAAACGACUUAACCUCAAUUGCGUCGUUUCUUCUUUCUCUUUAGUUUAUUUUUAGCGUAAUUUUCGUCGAGGUGACAGCUGUUAUAAGACACAAUCAGAGUACAAAGGACACCACCACCAAAGAAGAAAUGGAUCGGUACCAACAAGAGUACCACGCUAUGAAAAACCUACUAAUGCAAAAAGAUCAAUACAUAAACGAGAUGAUGAUGGACAGAAGAAAAAUAAACGAAAACUUGGAAGAUCUACAAAGAAAGUAUUCAGAAGCAUUGCAAGGUAAGCAAUCCGUGUGUGAGAAUCUUGGGGCUAUCAAAGCGGAAAGAGGUGAUUUAUACAAAAAGAUAGAAAAUUUAAGAAAGCAAUUAGAAGAUAAAGAUGAUGAAAUGAAAAAGAAAGUGGCGGAAGCAAAAAAAAAUAAAAAAACCGUAACCAGCGAAUUAAAUAAAUACAAAUCGAUGGCAGAAUUUGAAGCAAUAAUGAAAUUAAAUUCAGAUCUGGUCGAUUUUCAGGCUAAAAUCGAAUCUGUGGUCUCAAGCAAUUGCGAUUUGCUACAAAUGAGUGAUGAAGAUCGCGAAAUCGAAUCGAUUAAGCGAAAAAACGCCGAGUUAUACGGCCAGUUACAAAACAGCAAUGUUAGAACGCUUAUAAAGGAGAAAUCGGCUGAAUUAAAGGAAGCUGAGAACGAGUUAAAUAUGAAAAGGGAAGUUGCAAGACAAGAAUUUUUAAAGGUUAAUGGCAAAUUGAUGAUUAUUAAAGAAAAAAUGGCUCAAAGUACAAAAAAAUUCGCUGGGACAAUCGAAAAUGCAAUGGGGGAGCUCCAAAAAAAUCUCCAAACGUUUCAAAAAGAAGUAAACGGGUUAGAAGAGGCCAAUAUAAAAAUUAACGAGUCUUUAUCCUAUGUUAAAAUAAAAAACAUUUUAUUACAACAACAAAACGCGCUUAUGAAUGAAAUGAUUGGGUCAAAUAUUCCUGGGACAUCCUCUACAAACCCAAAUAAACCAAUUCAUAAGCUUAAUAACGAUUUUUCUGCAAAACCAAACAAUACAAAACCAAAUAACGUCAAUAAUCCUCCAACUCCAUCAUCACAUCAACAACAAAAUGAUCCUUUCGAUGAUUAUUGCAAAGUUUCAAACAUUUUUUAUCAAAAUUUGAAUGAAACUAAAGAUGAUUCAGACGACGAUAAUUAUAGUAUUUUCGACGACGACGCAAGCGAGACAAGUUCGAUUUCUGGUAAACCAAAAACGUACAAAAUAAUCCUUCUAAACGUACACGAAAUGGGUAAUAAAUCGGACGAUGUUAAAGUAGAAAAAGUUUUGCGAGAAUUAACCGCGUUAAGUUUGGAUGAUGUCGAUGUAAGGAGAGUUGGAAAACCGACGGGAAAACCACGCCCGAUUGUUGUUGCCUUUGAUUCGUUCGAUUACGUUCGAGAGAUAUUAAAAAAUCGCUAUUCUUUGAAAAAGACCAAGUUUAAUAUGAUUAGAGUGUGUCCUUAUAAAAGUAAACCCGAUUCGAAUAAAGGAUAUAGGGAGUUUAAACCAAGGGGAAAGAAUUUUGGGAACGGGGGGGAAAAAAGAUUUCCUAAACAAAAUAAUAAUACGUGUGAUGGAGGAAAAAAUUCGAAAAAGGGGCCUUUUUAAUUUUAUUUUUGGUUAUUUUUGUAAUAAGUUGUUAAAUAGUUCAAAAAAAUGGGAAUCAUUUAAUUUUAAUUAAUUAAUUUUUUCAACUAACCUACUAUGAUCUCUCUUUCUUAUUGGAUUAAUUAUUUUUAAAUUUAUUUUUCGAACGGUGUAAUUUCAUACAAAUUGUAUAUAAUUAAGUGAUCAAUUAAGUUGAUUUAAUCGAUAAUUUGUACUAUUUUAGUUUUGUUAUUAAUCUAACCAUUACUGUAUAUCUUGAUAUAAAGUUUUGAAAUAAAAUGGUGUGUUUUAUUUAAA